CGCGGCUCCUCAUUCACUAGAAGAUGGCGGACUGCGCUCCACUAUUAGAUGAGGAACUCUCGUCCUUUGUCUUCAAUUACCUGACAGACAACUCCGGCAGCCAGUAUGGGGAGGAGGAGGUGUGUUCGGACCGCCUGGACACUGACUUCCCGGACAUCGACCUCUCCCAGCUGGACACCAGUGACUUCGACAGCGUCAACUGUCUCAGCGAGCUGCAGUGGUGCAACGACCAGGCCUCCGACGCGUCGCCAGCCUCCAUCCACUACAGCACGGCAGAUGAGCUGUUUGAGAUAGAAGAGGAGAAUGCGGCCCUGCUCGCCGCCCUCACCGACAGCUUGGAUGGCAUGGUGGACGCCGAGGUGGACGGGCUCUCCGUCUUCCCCGCCCUGGGGGAGGAGCCCGACCAGCAGGACGAGGACAGUCUUCCUCUCGGCACCGAGGACUUCAGCCAGUCGCUGGGCUCCGAGACGGAGGAAUCUCUACUGAUGAAGCUGCUGCGGACUCCUCCCAACGUGCCCUCGGGCGUCGACACACACAAAGAUGGAGUCCAUGGCCAUCGCUACAGCAGCAGAAGCCUGCAGCUCCGGCCGGUCAGACCUCUGGUCAAGACCGACCUUCGUCAGGAGCGGAAGCCCCGGGCCGUGCGUCCAGCGGGUCGCCUCUGCACCGAGCUCCACCGCCACCUCACCACCGCCAAGGACACGGAAGACGCGCCGGCCCCCGACACAGAGGAGGACGAAGAUGAGGACGAGGACAGUGAGUCGGACGAGGAUGAAGAGGAGGAAGGGGAGGAGGAAGAGGAGGAGUCUUCCAGCAGCGAGGUGGAGGGCACAGUGGUGGCGGCCUCCGUCCCAGCCGAGCCCCUGAAGCCCCAGUUCAGCUCAGAGAAGGAGCUGCGCUCGGUGGUGGAGCUGAUCACCUACAUGCACACCUACUGCCUGCCCACGCGCAAGCAGCAGGGCUGGGAGCGCAAGGACCAGCCCAGGGCCCGGGCCCGGCCCGAGGCCUCGCGCCCGGCCGCCACAAACUCUGCCAGCAGAGUUGUCUUGGUGUCCGCUCCGGGGACGAGUGGGGGUUUGGCUGGGACGGGCAGCGGCGCCCCCAGGAGGCUCCCGUUUGCGAGGAAGAGGGAGAUGAAGGCUAACUCCCUUCUCCGUGAGCUCCUGCAGCAGAGCAGCUCUUACGAUGUGAGCAAGCCUUACAGACUGCACAGCCCCCCCUACGCCCACUGCCCGAUCCGACCCGCUCCCUUUGCCCCGGCUAAAUCACACCCUGCCCCGUCCCAGACCUACACUGCCCCGAAACCAGAGCUACGCAAAGACUACUCGUCCCCCGAGAGGAGACACCGCUCGUGUGAGGCGCCUCAGACCCCGGAGGAGGAGGAGGACAGCGGCUCCUUCUCGGUGCGGCGCUCCCGGCGCCUGGCCUCUUUCCCCAGCCGCUUCGCCAAGAGGCUGCGGCCAGGACGAGCGCGGGAGGGAGAGGGGAGGGACAGGCAGGACAGGGAGGAGGAAGGAGCAGGGUUCAAACUCCUGCCGACCCAAGCAGGAGGUGGAACCACGACAGAGGCCCGGCCAGAACCGCUCAGGUCCGGCGUCGGGGCGAUGGAACCGACCAAUCCCUGCUGCCACAACGAAAAGCGAGCCUGUCUCUGUCUGCCUCUGAAUCCCAAAUCCACAGGAGAGUCCCAGUUCAGCACCAAGCCUUUUGAGCAGACGCUCAGUGUGGAUCUGUGUGGAACGGCAGGCCUCACCCCUCCCACCACCCCCCCUCACAAACCAGUGGAGGACGAGCUCUUCAAGCCGGCAGAGGGAGGAAAGGUCAGCGUGGGGUCGGGCGGCGGCAGCAGUGACGACGGCGGCGGCGGCAGUGACUCUGUUCAUCCGGCAUCGAACGCCAACGUUGCCACGAAGGGCUCGUCCUGGCUGAGCCGCGCCCACCACCAGAGGAAGCUGCCGGAGCAGAAGGAGCUGUACGCCCAGCUGCGGCGCAUGGGCCAAGCGGGCGACAGCGACACCCACCGCGACUUCGGUGACCACGACUACUGCGCGCUGAGCCUCGGGGAGAGCCGCAAGCGCAGCGCCGCCAUGCUGGGCACCAUGCUGCAGGCCCAGGCCGGGGGGGAGGGACCCAGAGCAGCUGACGACCAGGUGGCGGGUGGGAAGGAGAAGGGGGAGGGGCCGGUGAUGUCACAGGACGCUGAGCCGAAGGAGCAGCGGACGACCUUGGUGAUAUCGUCCUCGCCGCCGCCCGAGUCCAAGUCGGCGUCUCGCUCAUCGUCGCCCAUCCCACCGUGUCCGGACCCCCCCGCCAGCAAGACAGACUCCAGUGAGAACUCCGAGAUCUGUCCCGACGACAAGCAGAGGAACAAAGCCAAGUCUGACGAGGACAACUGCCAGGUGUUCUACAUCCACAACCUGCCGAGCAGCGUGACCCAGAACAUGCUGAGGAAACGCUUCCAGGUGUUCGGCAAACCGGAGGACUGCAAGGUCAUCAUCUGCAACGAGGAGCGCUGUGGGGUGAUAAAGAUUCGCCAAGGAGGGGGUCAAAGACACUGGAGAGAACAGGAAACAGUUUUCCAAAAUGGACCUGCGGGCCUGAGGAGGCUGUCGAGGAAACGCUACAUAGACCUUGAUGAGGCCGGUCCGGGUCCCGUCAAGAGCAAGUACGAUGCACUGGACUUUGACACUCUGCUGAAGGAAGCCCAGAAGUCGCUCCACCGCUGACAGCACAGCGCCCUUGUCUGGCCAGCCUUAGUGAAGCGCAGCAACAUCCCUGCGACUGCACUGCUCUGCCCUCAGAAAGGCCUCUGGGUACCUCCAUGCAAGGCAACCUCGCAAAAUGUUUACAUUUUUACCAUUGGAAUAAAGUAAGGACCUUGUUGUUUUUUUAAGUUUCUUUCACCGGAGGAUACUGCUUAGAAACGAGGAAGCCACCGGGAGUCCGGACGGGCGAAGAGACAAAUGGAGGGAAUAAGACUUUUAUCAGCACUGGUACAACAACCACAAACAGAACCGAUACAGUUGUCUGCUGAACAACAACAACAAAGCUGCUUCCUGUCUGUGUUGGUGACAUCAUCGCCCUGCCUUGGAAGCGCGGGUGUGAGAGACCUCUGUAGCAAAUCCUUGCUAACCCUGCAUUGCGUUGGUCGUCGUGGUGUGUGUGUGUGUGUGUGUUUCUGCGUGUGUGCGUGUUCUUUGUUCAGUUUGUUUUGUAAAAAAAGGAAAGUUAAAAAACUCCCGUUUUCCAACCGGGGGGGAGGGGAGGGGUGAAUCCGCCGCGUUCACCGUGAAGUCUAACAAAAAAAAUUUACCCUGCUUUGUUUUAGCGAAAAAAUGUGGAUGUUAUAAAUUUUAAAGAUCUAUUGUGUGUGUGUUAUUGACAAAGAAUAUAACAAAAGAACAUUUAACGUAAUCAUAAUGAUGACUGAUAAAAGUUUACAAAUCUAAAAUGAAGAAGAAAAAAAUCACCUUUUUUUCUUUUUUGUAAUUGUAGUGCUUCCUUGAUUUGAUCUAUGCACUGUACGGGGGGGAACUGUCUCCGCUGGCCUCCACUUCCCCUGGGACUCGAACCUCUGACUCGAACCUCUGACUCUGACAUCUGAAUAGAUAUGGGCGUCUACUACUGGCUGCUGCAGGCUCCGUGUGAUGGGCGCUUCGGUUAUUAAGACCCUGACUGGGAUUGUGGGGGGGGGAAUUUACCUUGUGAGCGAUUCCGGCCAACUCAAACAAAACUGUUGCUUGGAAAGUUCUUACUUUGAAUGUUUCACACGGUGUGAUUUGUUAAAAUAGGCACAUUUGACAUUGUAAACUAUCAUAAAGUUUAGUUAAAAAAAUAAGCUAAUUAGAGACAAUUCUCUGGCAGAAAAAUGUGUCGUUUUUGGGGCGAGUUUACGAUUCAGGGUUUGGUUUGGAGUCAGUUGGGAUAGAAUCAGGGUGAUUUAAUGGAUUACGUCAGUGUUGGCAUUUUCUUGUUUUGGUCCAGUAACCGUCACACAUCCAUCCUUGUCGCCGUUACGCGAAAACUCGAUUGCUUUGAAAACACAAAAAAAUCUCCAGAGAAAAUGUGACAAAACAAUAUUUUGUGCUAUAGCGGCCGACACCGGGUAAAUUUCUUCCCCUACUCGACGGGUCUUGAUGCAUCCUAAUGACCCCCCCCCCCCCCCAACGCCACAGCCAAUGCAACAGUUACUGUUUACAUUUGGGCUGCAGCAAGCAGAACGACAAUGGGGGAAACAGGGAUGGUAGCCAUCUGCGCUUUUAUACCACACCCGAUAUGAAUUCAUCACAUCCGCACUUUGACCAGAACCAGUCCGGUUUCCCAUCGCAUAGGAAACCAUCAGUCGUUACAAGACCUGUGAAUAGAUGUUCUAUUUGGAUUGUCCGGGAUUCCCUUGUUUCUCUGCGACGUUGGCUCUUGUAAUGACAUUUCAAACAGUACAGACCAAUUUGCUGCAUUUAAUCCAAAUGGAAUGUAUUUAACAAUCUGAAUGUAAUCAUCGCGUUUUCCCCAUUUCUGCUUGCCCAAAGAUUGUGGAGCUUUUUGGUGCUUUUCAAAAAGGGUUAGCCUCGCUCGCUCGUCCGGUCGACCGCAUGCGACCCGAUUCCAGCGGGAAGCGGCGUCUGGGUUCAGCGCCUACUUCACAGUCCUCGUGCAGCCAGUAGCAGCCAUCGUCCAAAAGCGAGGUGAAGCCUCCGAGCCGGCCAAUCCGGUGACACCGAACCGUCACAUCCGCAACACAGCCAGGGAACGAGUGAGGGGCGGGCUAGAAAGUAACAAAAAGAGCAAUCGGACAAGAAUGCGAUGUCUCGUCCGGGAGGUACUGUAUCAGCUGAGCAUCUCUACCUCACAUCCAUCCAUCCAUGUCUUCGUAUUUCUAGACGCUCCUCCUCCUCCUCCUCUUUUUAUAGGUCUGUCCCUCUCUGUUUUGUGUUACGUCCGGUGUGUUCUCUCUGUGAGGUUUUCACCGACGAUGGGCGGUUAUAGGUAGUGUGGGGGUUUGUGUUUUGGGUUAUUUUUAUAUAUACUUUACGACUCCCUCUACCACUGAAGUCCGUUGUAAGAGGAAUAAUCUCUUGUCUUUCUAUUCUACUCUAUCCUUCGCUUGCCUCAUAACGGUUUUAAGCGUGUCCGUUUCUUGGAGUCUCAAUAGUGUGUCCUUGUGAGUGUUGUCUUUGUCUCGUGUGUUGAGUCGGACACUGCUGACGCUUGCGGGUUGGUGAGGAAGGGUCGGGAGGGGUUGAACGGUGGCGCUCGGCGGUUGGUCGUGCACCAUCCUUCCCGACUUCCCCCCCGUUCCUUCUCUACUCGGCUGAGGAUUUCAAUAAAACUCAGCCCCGACUCUUCCUCCGUCUCUAACUCUGUCGCUUUCUGACCCCGUGGGUUCAACUCCUCGCUUCGAGGUCGACUCCAAACCCUGGUGAACUCCUCCUUUUUAACAAAUAACCGUUCUCUCCUCCCCCCCGUCCUCCUACCUUGUUCUUUCUCUAUCUAAUCAACUCCUCGGUAACACACACAAAAAAUUGAAUGUUUACAUCACUCGAUUCUCCUUUGACUUUAUUAGGAACGCACACUAAGUACAAAGGCGCCUUAUUCAGUGUUUUUAAAAGAUAUAUAUAUAUAACAGCAAGUGAAGUGGCCUAGAAGGAUGGACCCUCUCCAGGCUCACCGAUGUCCAAAACUAAAAACAACAAUUUAGUGCUAUACAUACUGAUUAAGAAACAAGGUUCUGGAAAACAAAAAAAGAAGAAAAGAAAUAUUUAAUUCUAACAAACUAAUCGCAAACAACUGAAUGAGUAUUUGUGCUUAGUAUGUAUACUACUAAAAAGUGAGAGAAUGUGCUGGUUUACAUGUUAAAAAAAAUAUAUUAUGAAUAUAUAAUGUGUAUAUAGCACUCUGCCUCAUUGUAAACAUGAAAUAUAUUGUGUGUUUUUUUGUUUCAAAGGUGGCGGGGUACAGUUUAUUGCUAAUCAGUCGGGAGGCGGUCGGGUCACUGAGUUUAUGUUGCAGGGAGGAAAUGAAGGGAAAAAUAAAUUUACAUUGACUUCACCCAAAGUCCGACACUGUUGUAAAACGAAAGACAAAAAAAUACCAGGAUCCCUUUAGACUAUCACACUAGAAGGUUCUGUUUUCUUUGCUAUUAUGAACUGACGGAAUAUUUUUUGAUUGUUUUACUUUUCUGUUUUGUCGUUUUAAAAAAAAAAAAAAGCAAUUUGAGAUGCAAUACAUAAUAAUCUUAUCUUUAAGACAGCCUUUCUGAAACACUGAGGUAAUAAUGUACAGUGUGUGGUCGGCUGUUGAGCCACGACACGGGCAAACGUUUAGCUGCAGAUUCAGUAGGUUACUGUGCUGUAUGUUGACUGCCGUGAAACUAGAAAAUCAUGAAAACAAAUCGCAGGAAGAAUGUGGUCGGUCGUCUCGUAAACACGUAACACGUAUACAAAACAAGCCGUAGUAAUAUUACUCUUGCACAAAUAAUGUCCCCAGUAGUAAAACAUUGCCACAAUAUUUUCUUCGUAUUGAAAGGAAGCUGUUGUAACUAUGUUAUUACCACGUUUUGAUGGUGCACAGGUUUGUUAGAAUCUGAGUUGCAUUGGACACUUGUAUUACAGUUAAUAAUUAUACAUGUAUAAUAACUCUGGUGGAGGAAUGUGGGAGGGAAAGGAAAAAAAGAAAGCUGUUGCUGGUUUGACCUCGUUUUUUAAAAUGGGUUGAUGCAGACGAGGUCGACGCUGUAGAAAUCCCAAUUUCACUGCCGAACUUUUACCACAUUGCAAAACAGAGGAAGCAUUUGGUAGAAACACAGAUCACAGAAUCUAUAAUGGUCCAGUUCGCAGAUAGGGACACUAAAGAAGAACAGAUGCAAAGUGAAGCAGAUGAAACCAGACAAUUAACUUUGAAACUACGAUAGUACUCAGUAGAGAGCUUACUUCCACCAAAGCCCUCUCAACAUCCCAAUUAUUGCAAUGUAGAAUAAUUUAAAAAAGAAAAACCCGUUCACCAAGUUACGUGGAAAUGUGAUCAGUAGAUUUCACGUAAUCCUUUUUCCAAAUAACAACAAACUAACCAACAGGGACAGAACCGCGAUCUUACAGAAAGUUACAAGGUUUGAACAAGAGGGGAAAUGGAUGUUGUUCUGUUCUGCGUUUCUCACUGAAGACCAAAAAAACGUUACUUUAAAAUACUGUUUACGAACCUUUUCACGUUACGACAGUUUCAUGUUGCAAAGCUAGUUUCCGUUGAACCUGUUGCGUCGUAGGAGAAACGUAAAGUGUCUUCGUCUAAUCCAAAAGUCAGACGUCCGUGUACGUGAGGAAACCUUGAGCCAUGAGCACGUUCUGGGAUUUCUACAGCGGCCGCCCGCCGCUGAGCCUGUGACGAGUUGUUAGAGGUGAACAUCCAAACGACUCCAUUUCUCAUCAUGGCGAGCCUUAAAUAUCAAUCGGGGGGGAAACUAAGCUACCACUAGCUUGUACUAUUUCUGUUUCAACUCCUUUCCAAUCCAAUGUGGUUUAUUAUUAAAUAAUUACUGACGUAAUUACAACUUUUUUCAAUAGCCAUAUUAUAAAAAGAUAUAUACAUAUAUAUGAAUAUAUAUAUUUGUGUGUUUGUGUAGAUAUCUAGAAGAUUAUAUACUUUCUUAUAGAAAACUUUGAUGUUGACCAUUCUCCUCAGUGUUUUGAGAACACGUUGACACAUUUCAACAUAAUACCGCUGGGUCUCGGUCACAGGGCGACGGGCAACGAAUCCAAAUAGAAAAAUAAAAACCUUAUAAAAAAAAAAUCUUUCCGAAGGGAAUUCCCCUCAUCAGAAUGCAAUACCUUUCUUUCCACCAUUCAUUUGAGAAAAGUGAAAAAAUGGCAAGAAAAACCAUAAAAACUUGACAGGCAAGUUGACCAAAAAAAAGUAGAGAACACUUCAAGGAUAAAGUUCGUGGCGGCUAGCGGGAAACGGGACGUUUUCCGCAGCCGUGUCAGAUUCAGUUUUAUACACGUCAUGUGUCCGACUCCAUGGCCCCACUUCCUUGAUUUUUUACGUCACUUAACGUUUCUUUGCGUUCAGGAAAACAAUGUAUCUGUCGAGCUACGCCAUCGAACCGGCCCCAGCCAGGACAGGAGCGCUUGCAAUACCGGCUCGAGUCCGGCCUCGUGUCUGAUCUGCAAGUGGUUGUGUCACAUUUCAGCAUCAACAGUUCAUUAAAGGUUAAUCUGUGAAAACUUGACGGCAACAGUGAUGUCAAAUAGGUACUUAUAGUAGGGACUGUCAAAAUCUGCUAAAUGUGAGUGGGUGUUUUUUUUUGGGUGGAAGAAAAUACUUUGACAAAAGGGCAUACAUUGUUUUUGUUAUUACUAUUGAUUUCAUUGUCUAUUUACAUCUAAUGACUAUCAAAUUCACAAAUGAUUUUUUUUAACUUAGUUUUUGGUAAAAAACAAAAAGGUAAAUACUGCUAGUGAGAUUUUAUAUUUUUACAUAUGUUGGUUUUAUUUUGCGUUUCUUCUUUUUUUAUUUAUACGCCACUUAGUUUGGAUAUCUUUAAAUGGUGUUUUUGUUUUUUUCUUUUCUUCAUUUUGUGUGAUUUCAUGUGUCUUGAGAAUGUGGAGACAAAGGCAUUUCAGUAUUUUUGAAUUGUUAAAAUCUAGUUUCAUAGAAGCGGAAGUAUCUGAUGUUAUAAAUUAUAUUUUAAUUCAUGUAAAUAGUUUAAAACAGAAGACUUUGGCUUCCUUUUAAACUGAAUACAUUUCUCUUCAGAGAUUGUUUACAUUAUGAAACUGUAGAGAUGUGCUCCUCAUAUACUGUAAAAAGUACAUAUAUUCAUUGAUUUGCCUCCAAAAAAUAAAAUCCUUAUGAACAGCA